GUGCAGGCGCAGCAGCCAGUCCAGUACACACAACACCGCACCCGAGCCACGGAAAGAACCAACCACGACGCAGACCAGCACUGGAAAAGCCGCGGGAACCAAGGCCCGAAGAGGUGGUGCGCUGCGCACUGCACCGCACCCCGCGCGGGCAGGCGCGGCGCCCGACAAGACCCGCGCGCCUUCCAACUUCCACAGACCCCGUGCCCCUGCCGUGCUGCAGCGCGCAGCCCCGGCCGCGAUCAGGGUCGGGUCGGGUCGGGUCGGGUCAAAUCACCACUCGGCACCGUCCGCAUCAGCCAAAAUCACAUCGAACCAUCCGUCACAAGCAUUCGAUUUCCCUCCGCGCCGUGGACUCGUGGUAGCUGCGCAUUCGCGACGUCCCCAGCCUCCUCCGUCUUUACCUGUUGGCGCUGCCUUUUCACCUCACCGUCUCCCGCUUUGGUGGACGCGCGGGCGAUGGCGUCGGCGUCGGCGGGAUGGGCGUGGAUGGCGGAGGUGGCGGGCGAGGAGUUGGCGAAGCUGGAGGCCGCGCACCCCGGCCGCUUCGGCCCGCUCAAGGCCGAGCUCGAGCGCCUCGUCGCCGAGCCCGGCUGGGACGACGCUGCCGCGUUCCCGCUCGUCUCACCGCACGGCGGCGCCACUACCGCCGCCGCCGCCGCCGCCACCUCAUCCUCUCCCUCCUCAUCCCAGCCUGCUCCUCCACCUGCGGGUCCCCUGUCCACCCAAGAGUCCUCGACCCGAAAGAGGAAGCCUGGAGUCGGCGACGACGGCGGCGUGCGCGAGCGGGAGGAGCGCAAGCGGAGGAGGAUGAGGAUGAGCGCGCCGUCCGGAGGGAAGAAGGACAGGGCGGAGAUGGCCAUCGAGCGCGCCGAGCGGUGCCUGGAGAGGAUCCGCGCCAUCAAGCGGAGCUUGCUCGCCGCUUGGAUUCACUGAUUGGAAGGAAGGGGUGGGUGAAGAUACCAAGGGAAGAAGGAAAGGGAAAUCAAAUCGGCUUUAUGUUCGAUUCGAUAAAAAAAAUAAGACACGUUAAAAUAUAGUUUAGAAUCUGACUUAUAUUCAAAGUACUUUAUUUGGUAAAAAAAAUUAGACACUGAUUGAUAUCCUCUUUGUUGUAUACUCCGAUGUCAUUUGCUUUUGCUAAUGGGAAAGUCAAAAGUGGGCAUCUGUUGGUUUCA